GACUUCUUUCUCCCUUUCCUUUUGAACACAUCAACUUCAAGAAUUCCAUCAAGUGUCAAUCACAACAAAACCUCAACCAACUCCCCAAAACCAGACCACUAGGGCACCUAGCUACCCUUUUCCAACUCCCCCAAAUUUGUUCAGAGAGUAUUAAAACACACUCCCAGCAAACGUCGAUCAAUUUUCAAUUCAAUUCAAGCUUCUACUCAGUCUUAACUACCACACACCAUCAAAUCAAUUAUCAUCAUGUCUAACAUCGUGGAGAAAGUUUCUGACGCCGUCACCGACGUUACUGCCGCUCUUGGCAACACAUCCAUCUCUGACAAGCCCGCCGAGACCACCACUGGUGAGAAGGCUGCCAACACUACUACCGACAAGGAAGCUGUUUUGGCCAGUGCUGCAGAGGGAAGAAGACUUUACAUCGGUAACCUCGCAUAUGCGACCACCGAGGGGGAGUUGCAAGCCUUUUUCAAGGGAUACUUAAUUGAAUCCACCUCUAUCCCAAAGAACCCACGUACUGAGCGUCCAGUCGGAUAUGCUUUCGUCGACCUUUCUACCCCAACUGAGGCCGAGCGUGCUAUCUCUGAGCUUUCUGGAAAGGAGAUCUUGGAUCGCAAGGUCUCUGUUCAACUUGCUCGCAAGCCAGAGACAAACGACAAGACUGAGACUGCUGCAAGCGGAGGAGAGGGUCAAUCUGGCGGUGAGGGUGGACGCCGCAGACAAUCUGGUCGUGGACGCGGACGUGCCCGUGGACGUGGAGGACGCCGUAACAAUGCUUCCCGUACGGAGGAGGGCGCUACCGAGACACCUGCUACCACUGAGGUUCUCCCUUUGACCGAAACUACCAACCAAGCCACUACUGAGUCCAACGAGGCUAAGCCACAAAGCACUCGCCCACCCCGUGAGCGUCGCGAGCGUGGUCCACCAGCUGAUGGAAUUCCAUCCAAGAACAAGGUCAUGGUUGCUAACCUUCCAUAUGAUCUCCACGAGGAUAAGCUCAAGGAACUCUUUUCCGUCUAUGAGCCAACUUCUGCCAAGAUCGCCCUUCGCCCAAUCCCCCGUUUCAUGGUUAAGAAGCUCCAAGCCCGAGGUGAACCCCGUAAGGGUCGUGGCUUUGGUUUCGUUACUCUUUCUAGCGAGGAACAACAACAAAAGGCCGUUGCUGAGAUGAACGGAAAGGAAAUUGAAGGACGUGAGAUCGCCGUCAAGGUCGCCAUUGACAGCCCAGACAAGACCGAUGAUGAUGUCAACGCUGGCUCUGCUGAUGCCAGCGCCGAGACUGCCGCUGCCCCACCAGCCGGUGCUGAAACCGUUUCUGCUUAAGCAGGAAACGUUGUAUGAUGUGAAUGAGAGGAGAGUCCUACAGGGCUGCAGAUGAUAGACUAAUGCAAAGCUAUGCGUUGCUUUUGGACCAUUAUCGGCGCGUUGUGGGAGCUCUCAGAGGGAAGGAUGGAUUUGCUCCUUUGAUUUACUCACUGGAACCGAUCAUCUUUUUGACGAUUUUCUUUUAGGUGGACAUAUGAAUACUAACUCGGUGGAUUUGUUGAUGGCGUCUAAAUAGAUCUUUGGGCUUCUACGCUCUUUCUUUCCGACAGACUUAACUUUUCCAUUUCUGAGUAUGGGUUCAUAGUUCUUCAUGACUCUUUUUUUUUCAAAAACUAUGUCUUACUACAAUUUUGCUGGCAUUCUGUGGGUGUACACUAGAUUUUUUUCUGACGUGCUUCCAUAUGGAAUGGGUGGGCAUGGAAAAAUUAUUGAUUAAUGACUGAUGACAACCCUAUCAUUAUCAGAUCAAUGAUAAUAAAGUGAACGAUUUUACCAGCA